AUGAUUUGGAUCAAUGGCAAUGAUAGAGAUGUUGAGAAGUUUCAGAAGGAAAAACAUGUGCACAAUCAGAGAUGGAGAAAUCACAGCUUCAUAACUGAGUUUAUCCUCUUGGGCUUCUCCAGAAAUCCCAGGACUAAUUGGAUCCUUUUCUUCCUCUUCCUCUUCAUCUACUUAUUUACAGUUCUGGGCAACGGACUUAUUGUCACUCUGAUCAGAGUAGAUGUGCGUCUCCACACACCCAUGUACUUCUUCCUCAGUAUCCUCUCUCUAUUGGAUCUCAGCUAUGCCACCACUACUGUGCCCCAAAUGCUGGUCCAUCUAGUGAGCAAGCAUAAAACCAUCUCUUACAUUGGGUGUGUGGUUCAGAUGUACAUUUUCCUGACCCUGGGCAUCACUGAAACCUGGAUAUUUGCAGCUAUGGCCUAUGACAGAUACGUUGCCAUAUGUUCUCCCCUCCACUAUGGGGUCCAGAUGAGCCAAACCCUAUGUGUCCUUCUGGCAGUCAGCUCUGCCCUUUGUGGUCUCCUCUGUGCCCUCAUCUACACGGUCUUUGCAAUGAGUCUACCCUACUGUGGUCCCAGUGAGAUCAAUCACUUCUUUUGUGAAAUCCCUGCUGUCUUAAAGCUGGCUUGUGCAGACACAUCCCUCAAUGACCAAGUAGACUUUAUUUUGGGUUUCAUCUUGCUUCUGAUCCCAUUAUUUCUCAUUCUGGCCUCAUAUAUUCGUAUCUUUAUAGCUAUUUUAAGAAUUCGCUCCACCCAAGGUCAGGUCAAGGCCUUCUCCACAUGUGCCUCACACAUCACUGUUGUCACCAUGUUUUGUAUCCCUUGCAUGAUCAUGUAUAUGAGGCCUGGCUCUGAAGCCUCCCCAGAGGAUGACAAAAAGUUGGCCUUGUUCUACAAUGUCAUCUCUGCAUUUCUCAAUCCCAUUAUCUACAGCCUCCGGAACAAGGAUGUAAAGAAGGCUUUCCUCAAGUUGGUGGGAAUGAGUGAGGACACUCAAUAG